AUGCAUCGCGCUUACUGGGAUAUUCUUACCGAGGAUUUGGCGAAAAAUCCUCCCGAUUAUACGCACGCUUUUAAUCUUUUAAUGGAAAUAAAACAAACCAUCCUGGACGACAUAUUGUCAUCGGCUCAUAUCCGUUUGAGGGCAGAAGUGAAUUCCGUGUUAGAUGAGAACUCACUGCGUAAUAAGAUGGAACAAAAUUGUCUGGACGUCCAUGGAAUCGGUCGUUUCAUUGUUGAUUUGCUUGGGAGGCUGUGUGCUCCUGAAAGGGAUACUCUUGUAGAGAAAUUAAGGCACGAGGAGGGGAUCGUUGAGUUGAUAAAAGGCAUUUUCAAUUUAAUGGAUAUUAUGAAAAACGAUUUGACAAAUUAUGUUCUAUCGACUAAUCGUGCUGCAGUAGAGGAAUACAGUUCGAAGUUCGAGUACAAAGAGUUUCUGAAGUAUCUCGAGAAAUUCCCAGACGGCUCAAUUAUGACUAAGGAGUGGCUCAAACUUGCUUAUCUCGAACUCCACCCCUCCACUUCUUCCAGUGGUUCACAACCUGAACCGAAAAAGGAGAAAGUAAUUUCUGAGGAUACUGAUGACGACGAAGUUGUUAAGACAACUAGUAGAGGCUAUCUCAAAAUGGUUGAAUCUCAAAACCCAGUACCGUACCCUGAAACUCUCCGUAUAGACAAGCUGCGGCUGGCAGCAUUAGCGGAGAAAUUCUUGCAGAUGAAUGUUGUGACAAGUGCUGUAUUCAUUACCUGCAAUCUCGCCGGGAAACAGAUUUCUGAAAGUGAAAAUUUCAAAAAGUCGCUAAAGGAUCAAUUAAUUGUUAUCACAAAUGACAUAGAAGAAAAGAACCUCUUUGACACCUUGGACGCAAUUUGUGAGCAGUCUGUCGCAACCACCCGCAAAUGUGCGGACUCUUUGAACGUACAGCUGUCUAGUGACCAAGAAAAAGCUCUGCGUGAGCAGAUAAAAGCGAUCGGCGACGAAGGCAAUGCUAUUAGGACAUUAGUCCGUUCGCGCAUUGCCACGUUUGUAGAAGAAAUUCUUCGCUCGCCUUCCGAAGUUCCCCAUCGCCUUCUUCCUGGCCUUUCUGUCAUUCAAAGCGAGCUUUGUGCAUUUACCGCCAGGAUGUCUUACCCACGUCAUCCCAAUGCCGUAGUUAUAAAGCCACCAACACAAACUAUUUCACCACUUAUUCGGUUCGGAAGGUACACGGCGCUUGGUCUUGGGAUUCUGUGGGGUGCGUACCGUCUGCGUCAGAUCCGUGAACACCACGCCGAUCUCCGUGAGUGGGAGCACGAGAAGGCUGUUGCGAAGGCAGCUGAGGACGCACAGAGGAAGAAGUGGCUUUCUAGAGAGGAGAUGCGCUACCUGAUGAAGGUGGUCGAUCUUCCAUUCGAAGAAGGAGUUGCUCAAUUUGGAGUCGCCGAUCUUUAUAGGGAAGGAGUAGAGCAGAAGCUAUUUUGCUUAGUAGAAUUCAAGACGGUUCCAUUGUAA